CUUUUAUACUCAAGUCUAUCUAUUCCAGUAACUCCCUAAGAUGAAGGUCCACACUCCUGAGAUCGCCUGGCACAACAGAGACCCCAUAUACAGCCUCGACUUCCAGUACCGCAACGGAACAGUCCACAAACUCGCCUCCGCGGGGGUGGACAAGGCCAUACGGCUGUGGGAGGUGAAGAGAGAUGAGGAGGGGCGAGGUUAUGUGGAGUUCCUGGCUAACCUGAUCAGGCACUCCCGGCCAGUCAAUGUGGUCCGCUUCUGUCCUACAGGGAACAUUUUGGCAUCAGCAGGGGAUGAGUCAGUGAUCUUCCUGUGGCGUCAGAAGGACCAGGACGAUGGCUGUAACCCCUUUAGGGAUGAUGAGGAGGAGUCGGAGAAUAAGGAGUUCUGGACCUGCUACAAGAUGCUCAGAGGUCACCUAGAGGACAUCUAUGACCUGUCGUGGUCCCGUGAUGGAACCUGUAUCGCCUCUGCCUCUGUGGACAACAGUGCCAUUCUGUGGAACAUAGAGAGGGGUGAGAAGCUUGCCAUAUUCAGUGAACACAAGAGCUUUGUCCAGGGGGUGGCAUGGGACCCCUGUAACCAGUUUGUUGCCACUCUCAGCACGGACAGGAUUUGUCGGGUUUACAACAUCAGCACCAAGAAAGUAGUCCACCGGAUCUCCAAGUUUGUCACCAACAUUCCGCAGCCAGACGGCACAACCAACAAGAAGGUGUCUCGUAUGUUCCACGAUGACUCCAUGGGUUCGUUUGUGCGGCGCCUGACGUUCACCCCAGACGGAAAACUGAUGCUCACACCGGCGGGGUGUGUCGAGAUGGACGACAAGACGGUCAACUCCAGCUACAUCUUCACUCGGACAUCCCUCUCAAAACCAGUUGCCCAUCUCCCCGGCCCACAGAAGCCCACUGUAGCCAUACGCUGCUGCCCUGUGUAUUUUGACCUCAGGAAAGCCAAAAAUGGAGAAUCAGAGUUGACCAAACCGGUCUUCGAUCUCCCAUACCGUAUCGUGUUCGCGGUGGCGACGGAGGACUCAGUGCUGUUCUACGACACCCAGCAGACCGUCCCGUUUGCGCUCAUCUCCAACAUCCACUACCACAGGCUCAGUGAUCUCGCCUGGUCAGAAGAUGGUAGCAUCCUGAUGAUAUCAUCCACAGAUGGCUACUGCACCUUUGUGACCUUUGACCCUGACGAGUUGGGCACACCCUCCAGCCAACAGCCAAAGGUGGCCAAUCAGAAGAUAGAGGAAACUCCCCCAGCCAAUGAAAAGCCUGAAAUCGAGACAACCAAUCAGAAGUCACCAGAGCCUGUGGUUGUCAAUGGCAACCAGGAGGGAACAGCCAAUAGGCAGCCUGCAGCAGUGCCAAAGGCCAAUCCCAUUCAGGUAAGGUCAGCAGGUGGUUCUAAUGGGGCCAGAAGAAUCGCAUUCACAACUCUAACCAGCUCCAGCAAACCCAGCCAGUCAAGUAGCAGCCCACCUUGUGCCCCAAGUACCCACCCAGUCCCAGUUCCAACCAAUCAGACCGCAGAGCCUGCU